CGUCCUAUUUUGGGGAUCUGUCAUUUGGGAUACGACAUUCAUGGCAAUCUGGAAAUAUCUUGCUCUCUGAUUAUAUUCAAAAAUGGCGGUGAGGUUGAAAAUAUCGUAGUAACUGAUCAUCUGCGGGAUCCUACGUAUAAUAUAAAAAAAUACAUUUAAUAAUUAAUUAGCUGCGCAGAGAAUGCACCGACCUUUCGUCUCGUUUGAUAACAGCUCUGAGGUGCCUCUCCUCCUCCAUCUCUCCAGAUCACUCAGAGUAGCUUCUUGCUAGCUCAAGCAGGAUUGAUGAGUGGGUGGCCAUGGAAGACGAUGCAUGGCAAAUGGUGGAGAAGCAAGGGAACCAAUUUGUGGUUAACGACCGACCUUUCUAUAUUAAUGGAUUCAACACUUACUGGUUGAUGGCAUUUGCUGCGGAUCAAUCCACCAGAGGAAAGGUUACCGAUGCGUUUAAGCAAGCAUCUUCAGUGGGACUAACAGUUUGUAGGACCUGGGCAUUUAACGAUGGACAGUGGCGAGCUCUUCAGAAAUCUCCUUCGGUCUACGACGAGGAAGUUUUCAAGGCCCUGGAUUUUGUGGUGAGUGAAGCAAAGAAAUACAAGAUCAGGCUCAUAUUGUCAUUAAGUAACAACUGGGAUGCAUAUGGUGGCAAAGCACAGUAUGUGAAAUGGGGAAAAGCUGCUGGCCUGAAUUUAACAUCAGACGAUGACUUCUUCUCCAAUCCUACUCUCCGGGGCUACUACAGGGCGCAUGUUAAGACGGUGCUUAAUAGAAUCAAUACACUCACAAAUAUAACUUACAAGGAAGACCCCACUAUCUUUGCUUGGGAACUAAUGAACGAGCCACGUUGCACCUCGGAUCCCUCUGGAGAUAAACUACAGGCAUGGAUACAAGAAAUGGCAGUUUAUGUGAAGAGCAUUGAUCCAAAACACUUGGUGGAGAUUGGUUUGGAAGGGUUUUAUGGCCCCUCAACACCUAACAAAGUUCAGUUCAACCCAAAUACACAUGCUCAGCAAGUGGGAACUGACUUCAUUAGGAACCAUCAGGUUCUUGGAGUUGAUUUCGCUUCUGUUCACAUUUAUGCAGACUCUUGGAUUUCACAAUCAAUUUCUGAUGCUCUUCUGCAAUUCACAAAGUCAUGGAUGGAAGUUCACAUAGAAGACGCAGAAAAAUAUCUUGGGAUGCCAGUUGUGUUUACUGAAUUUGGUGUUUCUGCAAAUGAUCCUGGGUACAAUCCGUCAUUCCGGGACAACCUUCUCAGCACAGUGUACAAGACCCUCUUGAACUCUACGAAGAAGGGAGGGAGUGGAGGCGGCAGUCUCUUCUGGCAGCUUUUUCCUGAAGGGACAGACUACAUGAAUGAUGGAUAUGCAAUUGUUUUAUCAAAAUCUUCUUCAACGUCAAACAUCAUAUCCCUUCAUUCCUCAAGACUUGCGGCCUUCAACUCCUUUUGUACUUGGAAAUGCCGUUGGGGCUGCAAGAAGAAUCAUGCUUUGGAGACAUCCCUCUGCAACGAGGAUGUGUAAAAAUUAAACAUGAGAAAGAAAAUGUCGGAAAACAAAAGUGGUUUAUUAUAGGAGAAAUGAUAUUUGUAAUUAUAAAGUGUGUAAACGUAUAAUUAUUUUGAAAAAAAAGUAAAUAAAUAUAAAUUUUGUAUAAAAAAAAA